AUGCAGCCACCACCGAGGAAGGUGAAGGAGACCCAGCAGGUGAAGCUGAUAUUCUCAGAACAGUUUAGCAGACUGCAGGCUAAACAACAGCAAGACACUGACCUACUGGAGGAGAUUAGGUCCUUCAGUAAACAGCGAGCAGCCAUAGAGAAAGAGUAUGGUCAGGCUCUCCAGAGGUUGGCAGUCCAGUACCAGAAAAGAGACUGGCAGAGAGGAAAGACCGACGCCGUCACAUCGAGCGGUAUAUUCAGUGUGUGGCGGUCAGUGAUUGAUGCUACAGCAAGAAACGCUGCAUCACGAUUGGCUGCUGCUGAGGAGUACCGCGCCCUACUUGGACAUGCUUCCAAAGGCAUUCGCAAUGCAAAGGAGUUACGAGCUAAGAGAGGCCUGGAGCAGCUUCAGAGAAUACAGGCAGAGGUAGUGGAUUCUCUACGGGAGCUGCACAGGGUCAAAAAAAGCUAUCACCAUCUCAGUCACAUGGCUACGGUGACGAGAGAGAAGGCUACUGAGGCACAGGCCAGAGCCAGGAAGAGUGACCACGGAAUCUUCCACUUUAGAACAGGACUACAUAAAAUGAGUGCUAAGCUCAGUGCGAGGCUGAAAGAGUGCGAUGAUCAUCUGAUCGAAGCUCGCAAUGAAUACCUGCUGACGUUAGCAGCCAUCAACACCUAUCACAAUCAUUACUACACUGCUGACCUUCCACACAUCAUGGAGCGCAUGGAUGGCGAUGUGUACGACCAGCUGAGAGGCUACUUUACCCUGCUGUGUAGGACGGAGACGGACGUGUGUCAGUCAACACACAGUGAAUACAGCCGGAUAUGGGACAACGCCGCUAAGGUGACCAGAGAGCGUAACGUUCAGCAGUUUCUGCAGGAAUCUCCCUCUUUCAACCAUACAGUGGGCUUCACCUUCCAACCAGCACCACAGGACAAGGUGUUUGUGCUGCAGGAGCUGUUUGAUGCAGGAGAGGGUUUUCUGAAUAAAGAGGCCAAGAAAUGGGCCACGAAGGCCGCUAAAGACUACAAGAUCAUCAGCCAUGGCGAGAGAGCCUUGCAGACAUUGGAGGCUCGUGUUAAGCUGUUAUCAGGGGAGAUGGGGUGCAGUGUGGAGCAAAGGAUGGUGGAGGUUGAUGAGAGUGUGAGGAAAGCCAAGGUGAGCAGGGCAAAGGCUGAGGCUCGUCUUGCCCUUUUAUCAGAGAGUGGCAUUGUGAUCAAACAGUGGCUCCAUGCUGCUAUGAGCCAAGUGGAGGAGGAGCUGGAGAGGGAGCGACGACUCAGUGAACAGAGAAAGUCUACUGAAGACUUCUCAGAGGAGGAGUUUGAGUUGACAGACUUCGAGGACUACGAUGAAAACGGAGAUAUUUUUGUUGCUCAAACCUCCACAUCUGGAGUGUGUGUUUACCCGGUGGCCUGCAGAGUUAUCUAUAGCUAUCAGGCUAGCCAAUCGGAUGAACUGUCAAUCACAGAGGGGGAGGAGCUUCAGGUGAUUGAAGAUGGAGACAUGGAGGACUGGCUGAAGGUGUGUAACUCCUGUGGCCAGGUGGGCUAUGUCCCUGAGCAUUACGUGCAGUUCCUGUGUCUACCAGCAGAUAGAGCCGCACACCUAGACGGUUCAUACAGCUCUUCUGGCUCUUCUGCAGGAAAUAACAGAAGGGAGCAGAACAAAGAAAACACCGGCGUGGCCAGAGCUUUGUACGCCUACGAGGCCCAGAGUGCAGAAGAGCUGUCCUUCCAAGAGGGGGCGCUAAUACGCUUGCUCCGCUGUCAACAAAGAGAGGUGGAUGACGGUUUCUGGGAGGGAGAGCUAGACGGACGCAUCGGUGUCUUUCCAUCCCUGGUCGUGGAACUGCUUCAAGAGGAGGAAGAAGAGGAGGAAGAGGAGGAAAAGGUGCAGGGCAAUAUGGAACCUCCAUCCACCCCACCUGUAUCCCCCCAUACCCCUAUAUCCCCGGCCCCGCUGCCCUGUUCCAGCCCGAAUCCCAGGUCCCAUUCAGCCAACAGUACUCCUCCCCCUAUCUGCGAGGAGGAGAAACUGCAGUCUGUCCCUCCUGAGGUGCUCCAGCAGGCAGACAGCAGGGCAGGUAAAGAAAGUGAAGGCAGUGGCAACUGCUCUCCAAAUCUCUCUAUCACACGACUCAGACCUUGUCGAGCGCCCCCUCCUCCCCCGACCGCUUCCUUUUCAUCCAGGUCCUGAAACUGACAGAGAUAGAAGGUUUUUUGUUUUGUUUUGUUUUUUGCCUUGGGUAUGCCAAGUUUUGUUUUUUGUUUUUUUUGCUGCUUAUUCAAGACCCAAUCCAGUUCAGUUAAUUGAGAAGAAGCUUGAAAAAUACUUUUGUGAUCUACAGGAGAAAGUUGGUUACCAGAC